UUAGACCUUUUAAAGUUCAUUCCGUAGGGUAAAUUGGCAAUAUUUUAGCAUUUUAUCAUUCAAGCGCUGUGUCCGGUAUAUACCGGAAAUCGGUAUUUAGUGUGGUGCUCCAAUCCUUCUUUUAGUCUCACUCCUAAAAUAAGAUAUUAAAUGAGGUAUGAGUUGAAUUUUUUUUAAGUGUUAUAAGCGUUUAUCGAUUGAGCGCACUUGACAAGGAAGUACAUUUACUGCCAAAAAAUGUAAAACAUAUUUUAAACACACAGAAACAGUUAAACACGAUGGAAAAUAAAUUGCUUGAGAAGGAGUAAAAAAGGGAUGGGAACUGUGCUUGUUCUUUAAAGAUUUGAGUCAAAAACAUAGAUAUAGAAUGGCGAGUAAAGACACUGAAUGUACGACGAUGAAUCUGCAAUUUGCUAUAGCUCGUCUUUUAGUGUUUGCUAAAAAAGCCAAGAAUCCUUGUUUUUCGGAUAUAGACGUCCUGGCAGAAGAAAUAAAAGAAGAAUUGAAGAAAGAAAACAUACAGAAAGAAAGCCAUUAUAAAAAAGUCAAAGAAAUGACGGAUGAUUUGGAUAACGUCAGGUUCCAGCUGCAUAUUGUUUCAAAGAGUAAAAAAGAUUUAGAUUUAGAAUUACUCGAAGUCAGGCAUAUGAAUUAUACGCUUGAAAAAAAAUAUGAGAGUAUUGUUGAAGAAAAUACGAGACUAAAUGAGAUGGCCGAGCAACUUGAAAUAAAGAAUUCUGUUCUUGAGGAUAGUCAUAUUAAAGAAAUCAAAAAGCUUGCAAAAACCAAAGAGAAAGAAAUUCAAUUUCAUACCACAGAGCGCACGCGUUUAAAAUCAUACAUAUCUGAUUUGGAGAUUAGGACAAAGAAUUAUCAAGAUAGAUUAAUUGCAAUGAAGCUGAAAGUUGAAGGAGAGGUUCAAGAAAAGGAUAGAAAAAUGCAUCAAUUACAAGUACACCUUCAGGAAAAAAUGAAACUGAUAACGCAACAAGAUGAAAUAAUCACUUCAAAUGAAAGAAAGAUAAUAGACCAGUGUGCAGAGAUAGAUCACUUCCGUGAAAAAAUAAAAUAUAUGGUGAUUAAAAAUGAUUUUUCGAUAGAGAAAGAGCAUGAAAUAAGUAAAAUUAGAGAAGGAAAAUUAAUUGAAUCAGAGGAACAAUUAAAAAGCAUCCAUAAUGAAAACUGUCAGCUUAAAACAAUACAUAAAGAGUUAGAGAAUGAACUUAAGAAAAAAGAAGACGAACUAAAUAAACGGGAGACGGAAUGUGAUCAAAUAUUUAAUAAAAUGAAGGAAUCUGACAAACAAGUCAAUUUGAUGCAGGAGAAGAUUCAGGAGUUGGAAAGAGUUGCUGUGAAAAAUAACCAGACCAAAACCGAUACAGAAAGACAGCUUGAGGAUCUAAACGAACGCUACAAUAUUCUUUUAUCCGAGAAAGAUAGAAAUAUAUCUAAACUGAACGAAAAAAUGGUUUUGUCAAAUCGAACAAUUUCCGAUCUAAAAGAAACCGAAACGUCAUUUACACUACAUCAAAUGAAUAGAGAAGAUCAUAUAUCUAUGUUAAAUGACAAAUUAAAGCAAUUCACAAAUCUGGUGAAUAAAAAUGAGUCAAAAGUUCAAGACAUGGAAAAAAUUCUACACAAAGAAAAAAAUGAAUUUGACAAUAAAUUACAGUUUUAUGAGAAAGAAAUUGCCAGGAAAGGCAAAAUGGCUGUCGAUAUCAACGAUAGAAUGGGCCAAAUGGAAUCACACGCAAUAGCGUUAGGAAAGGAAGUGAAGGAAAAAGAUGCCAAAAUAGAUGCUCUUAAUGCACAGCUUCAACAAUUCCAAAAGCACCAAGAUGAAUCGCAGAAAAAUCUAGAAAUCAUCAUCAAUUCAAAUCAGAAAUUGAUACUUGAUCUUAAAAAAGACGUUGAACAGCGCGACUCUAAAAUAAGUAGUCUGGAGAAAAAAAUCGCACAGAUAUUAUUAGAAAACCUUACUGGAGGAGAACACAAAAUUGAUGCUGCCCUGACAAAUGAGAUCAAGGAUCUGAAAAGACAGUUAAAACUUACAAUGUCAAAACUACAUGACACUAAAGCUGAUCUCUAUGACACUAAGACAAGACUAAAUCAAGUCAUGGUGGACCGUUUGACAGAUAAUGAGCGAAACAUAACUGAUUUAAGCGACAAGAAUCGUCCAACAAAACUUGCUGAGAAAUGUGCAGAGCUGUAUGAUAAUCAAUGGACGGAUGCAUUUAAAGUUCUUGAGACAUAUUUUGCAAAUGAUGAGGCUGUAAUCGAAGCUCUAUUGCAUAUCUUAAAGGCGACCAUGACCUUCUGUGAAGAUAAGGCCAAAUUCCAGAUUGAGGAACUAGGGAAAGUAGUCAUCUUUGCAGAUACACACGUAUCUGCAAAUAUGCCACACGGUGUGCAAAAACAUUUAAAGAAUACCAGACAGACAAUGGCAUUAUCAGCAGUUGAAAACCUAAGCAAGAUGUUUAUUUCACAUCUAAAGCAAUCAACAGAUCAGACAGUGCAGAAAGCUCUUGAAAUCAAGGAAUUCGCGUUUGCAUGCCUCGAAUUGUGUUGGUUUAUGAUGGUAAAUAACCCUCCUGUUGCAUUUGCUCCAGUGCUUGCAAAGGGUUCGGACUUCAACUCAGAUUUAUAUAAGCCGUACUCAUAUGGUGGGACGCACAUCGACUAUGUGGUAUGGCCUGCUUUGCUAUUACACGAAGGAGGUCCAAUUCUGGGAAAAGGUGUAGCUCAAGGGUAUAACUCAUAAAAAGAGAAUAUAGGCAUGAAAUCAAUGUGGAACACGUGAUGUUCACUGAAAUCAAUGAUGCCUUUAUAACAUUGGAUAUGUUUUUGAUUUAGAAUAUGAACUAUAGUUAUUUAAAUAUGAUCCACCUUUUUAGCUUUCGGAAUUAAAUCUUGUUUGAUUUUGAAUAGAUUGAGAUAAUUUUUAUGUGUUUAAUAAUAUACAACUACAAACUUCUUUUGAUGUCUACAUAAAGUUUUCAUACUGAAGAACAUGGAUAGAGGUCGAUAUAACAAUUAUCAUGUCCAAUAAAAACUAUAUAUUUACAGACAAACGACAUACUCGAAAUUAAAAAUCAGAUGGAGCGAAAACUUUGAGUACGAAUACAUUUUAUAAACUCUGUGUAUGUUUUGUACAUGGUUGCAGCUGAAAAAGCUGAGAUUGCCGUCCAAAAGUUUGAUUUCCAUCAUAAUUUUACAUUUCAUGGUCCGAUUUUAUUUGUUGAUGCAUGGGGUGUUGCGGCCUUUGAAUCUAACGAGUCGUAGUUUUUUAAGUCAAAUAGAAAAAUGAAUUGAAAUGAAACCUGUUCGUGGUAAAGGUACCAACCUGUUCAUAUAAUUAUGCUGAAUUAUGUAAUUAUUAUGCAAUAUUUUGCAAUUUAAGGUAAUGUCAUUGUUCAUUUAUUUUAUAUGUUUACUUUUGAUCAAGGGAAGUAAUCUUAAUAAGGCUUAAAGGUCCCCUUGGCAGAGUAGUACAUCCGGACCAUUGCAGAAAUCAUUAUGAUCACAAAGUAGAAAAGUAUAGCUUUUUACGCUGAUUUACAUAUAUUUUUCAUUCAUUAUCGUAUAUAAAACAUUAUGAACAGAUACAUUAGGCGUCUUAAAGUGCAGUUCGAGGGGUGAAAAGCGAUAUUUUAGCAUCAAGUUUAGUCGUUUAAGCGCCUUGUCCGGUAUAUACCGGAAUAUCGCAUCUAUUGACGUGCUCCAACACGUUUUUUAUUCUCACUCUCCCUUGACAACAAGGAAAGGGAGAGGAAUGUUACUCAGCUCAAUAAGAUCUGAACAUUUUCAUCAUAACAUAACAAGUAUUUAAAUAUUUUAAUGACAAUUGUCUUUGUGUCUUUACUAUUCACAAUAUAAGUAUCAUGUGUCUGUAUUAUAUAACUGCAUUUCAUGUACAUAUUGUUGAGUUUUGAACGUAUUCUAAAGGAACUUUUUCGUUAAGACUACUUUCAAGGAUAUUCUAUUGAUAGAAUUAGGGAUGACUCAUGAAUCACUUUUGUAUAGUUCAUUUAUUUACCUAAAUUAUUAUUUGUAAGUCUCAGAAAUUUGAAUAUAGAAAUGAAAUAAGUUUAAUUUUUAGAAUUAUUUUGAUUACAUAUUGCGAUUUUCAGAGUGAAAAAUUCAUAAUUAUAUUUAUGGAAAUUGAGUAUUAAUCAAACUUUAUAUAACAAAUGUUAUAGCUUAAGAACCAUCUUAGACUGUUCAGUUAAUGUUAGAGAAUUUGUGCAAACAAUUAGUCAUUUUUUAUAGUUUGAAUUUCAUUAUGUUUAGUAUCACUUUUUUUUUUAUAUUUCUUUGUUGUAAAAACAUAUUGUUAUAUUAUAAUGCACCUUUGUUUGCAAAUGUAUGUAAAUUAAAUAAUCAUGCUAAAUUUUGCACAACCUAUUUAGAGGACAGUCCAUCGUGAUCAUUUCGUAUUGUUUGUUGAAAUUUGCAGCGUUAAUUGUGUCAUAAAUAAUGACGCAGACCUUGAUUUUAACAGUUAGAAAUUAUAAUUUCACCUUAAACAAUUACUCUUAAAAGAAGAAACGUCUAAGAAACUUCAGGAAAAUAGAAAAUAUGUUUGGGCAUUUUGUUAAUAAAUUUAAUCUAAUUAGUUCCCAUCAUAUAUGUUGGCAUUCCUAAUCAUAAGCACAAAUUAAGAAGGUAAAUGCGAUCAGAUUUUAUUUUGUAACACGGACAUUGUCACUGUUUAUAUAACUGAUUGGCGUCCGCGCCGAAGCGCGGCGCCUAUUGGAAUGAAAUGAGAUUUUGUGAAAGGGCGACAGCAACUUCUCGAGCAUUUUAUAGUUGCAAAUAAUAAAAGCCGAACAUUCCGAUCGGUAUGAGGGUGCUUGAUUAUUAAUUAGUCGCGAUAUGUACAAUGAAUGGCGAACUGGAGAAUUUUGCAAUGCAAACAUUUUCAAAUGAAAUAACCUUUCAAUAAAUCGCGCUCUUCGGGGUAUUUUUGCUUAUCAUUUUGUAGUACACAGUGAGUUAUUAUGGUAUGUUAUUCCGAAAGCUGUUAAUAGAAUGAUGAGUUGAUGACCUAAAUAUUCCGAAAAUCUAUUUAUAGAGGGAUGUACUCCUAUCGGUAAUUCCCGGGAUUUACUAAUGACCGGCGAAUAGUACCACACGUUUAUUGUCCGGUCUCUCCCGGUUUUGGAGUAGAUGUUUGAUAUCGUUACAGAACAGAACAAAUAUUUUACAGAUAAAUAAGCUUUUUUUCAAAAUGAAUGUUUGUCACUUAGUUUGGUUACAAUAAUUAAUAAACACAGAUCAACUCUCGAAUUGAUUGAUUAUUAUUAUACAUAAACAUAAAAUUCGAAAAAAAAAACCAACAACACAAAUCGCAUGUUAUAUUUUAUCUAUAUGAGAUAAAAACAAUAAAUAUGUACAAUAAAUGAGAAAAAAUGUACAUUUUUAUGGCAUUAAUAUGACACUAUCAACUUUAAAACAUUUUAUUUAAUUUGUUAUUCGUGUUUAGUAAA